AUGUCCUCAGACGAAUACGGUUCAUCUAGCAAGAGAACUCGAGCCUCGGGAGAGGUGUUGGAUUAUUUGUUGCUAGAAUUUGAGAACAACCAUAAUCCAUCCCCGGAGCAGAGGAAAGAAAUAAGCGAUCGAACAAAUAUGACAGAAAAGGCCGUUAGGAUUUGGUUUCAGAAUAGACGAGCCAAAUUACGGAAGUUUGAACGUAUGGGACGAGGCAGCACUGCCAGUGAAGGUGGCAAGAAACCUCCUACCAGUAUACACUCAAGCAGAUCAAAUAGCUUUAACGAACCAAACAGAAGUCCUGGGAAAGCAUUGACACCCGGUAUCCCUAGCAUUCCCAUAGAGAUAAAUGAAAAGUACUGCUUUGUUGACUGCUCUUCGUUAUCAGUUGGAUCGUGGCAGAGAAUUAAGUCAGGAUAUCAUGAAGAAUCUUUAUUAAGAAAUAAUUUAGUCAACUUAUCCCCAUUCACUUUGAAUAAUAUUAUGGCAAACGUAGAUUUAUUGGUGCUAUUGUCAAUGAAGAACUUUGAGAUAAACUACUUUUUUAGUGCCGUCUCUAACAAUUCCAAAAUUCUAUUCAGAAUUUUUUAUCCAAUUUCGAGUAUACUAAGCUGCUCAUUGUUGGACAAUAACAUAAACAAGGAAAAUAAUGAAUUGAGAAUAAGCCUAUCCCAUCAACCGAAGUUUUCUGUUUACUUCUUCAACGGAGUAAAUUCAAAUUCAAACCAAUGGUCGAUAUGUGAUGAUUUCAGUGAAGACCAGCAAGUGAGUUUGGCCUACUGUAACGAGGGUGGAAGCUCUAUUCCACAUGUCUUAGUUGGUGUGAAGAACUCUUUACAAUUCUUAAACUCGUUCAUUUUAGAAAAUAACCAAAUACCACAUCAAUCGUCAAAUUUUCAUCCGCAUAUCCAGUUAAAUGAUCCUAAUAAUUUAGAUAAUGAAGGUCAAUCUACUGGUAAUUUUCAAUUCACUACUAAAGAGCUGACUGUGUGGAAUAGUAGCGAAAAGUCUCCAUUGGGAGGCCGCGAUUCCAACCCUUCACCAAAUUCAAUGACUAGUAGUAACAAUCCACAUUCAAACUUGAUUCCCAAUGAAGAUGACGAAUUAGUAUCUACAAACCAUUCACAAGAAAGUAACCAAAACUAUCCUUAUAAUGAUAUGUUUACUGGUAAUACACCGGAUUUUUUUACCACAGGCCAGGCCUCUGAAAAUCCUACUAUGCAUAAUACUGACCACAGUUCCAACGACAAUAAAGAGAAUAAUAAUUUCGACGAUGAUGAUAAUUUGAUAAACAGUCCUUCUACCAAUUUGCAGUCGUACACACACGAACAUCAUUCCCCAUUUAAUAACUUAUCCAGUUCGGAGAACUUUGCUGACAUUCAUACGUCAUCAGCGAAUGAUCAGCCGUUUGAUUUUACUAUUGAAAAUGACUUUUCAACUAAUCCAAGUAUAGACAAUGCGAAUAAUCCUCCAUCAAAUGCGUCAUCCAGUAGUAAUCAAGUCGAUAGUUUUAUAGAUUACAAUAGUGGUUAUCACUAG